UUCUUUAUCGUUUCCUACUGCAGCUUCCGCCGAAAGAAGGUUUCACUUAAACUUGGAUUCGUGACAUCUGCUUUUACUUGAAGUGUAGUUACGCACACAUUUUGGAAGUAAAAUCUACCAAUAUCUAUAGAACACGGUUCCGUGAAAGCUUAGAUUUUUGCGCUCAGUGAUUUUUUCAACGAAACGAACACAAUGAGUUACGGUUAUCAAGGACCACCAGUCGUUCAGUUUCCGGGACAUGCACCACCACCAACAUCGUUUGGGGCUCCACCUGGUACACCUUCUGCCCCUGGUGCUGCCUCUGCCCCCAGUGCUUCACCUUAUCCUCAAAGUGGCAACUUAGGUUUUACAAAUGCUCCAGCAGUAUCUUUUGGAAUGCCACAGCCUUAUUCUCUUUACCCUUCAACACCUUAUCCAAUGCAACCCAGCCAUCCUAUGCCUGGCCAGUGUCCUCCUCCAGCACCAGGAGCUUCUCCUCAACCUAUGGUACAAUCUACUUCCUCCUAUCCACCUCAGCUAACACAGCAAUUGUAUUCUGGUCAACAUUCUGCAUAUCCACAACAGCAAAAUUUUGAUUUGUACCCAAAUCUUCAGACUGCACCAGAUGAAAAAGAAUGUUUUAAUAGACCUUCUCCUUACACCUCCACUUCUAAUACUUACUCAAAUAAUUCAGGCCCCUUUCAAGGUGAAAGCUAUUCUGGGGGGCAGGGUGCAAGAUUUUAUUCUCCACAUGGAGGUACUCCUUAUCAACCUCACCCAGCCCCAGCCCCCCGGAGAAAUCAGUUUGCGCCUAAGUUGUCCCCAACAGUUGUACCAUAUGGAGAGUUUGAUGCCAGAGCAGAUGCCGAAGUUUUAAGGAAGGCAAUGAAAGGUUUUGGUACAGAUGAGAAGGCUAUCAUUAAUGUGCUUGCCAACCGUAGCAAUCUACAACGCCAAGAAAUUGCCGUUCAAUUUAAAACAUUAUAUGGAAAGGAUUUGAUAAAAGAUUUGAAGUCCGAAACUUCGGGCAACUUCGAAAAAUUAGUUCUUGCUAUGAUGAUGCCAUUACCACAGUUUUAUGCCAAAGAAUUGCAUGACGCAAUGUCCGGUAUCGGUACCGACGAAUGCGUCCUUAUCGAAGUUCUGUGCACCAUGUCUAAUCACGAGAUUCGUAUAAUUAAACAGGCUUACGAAGCAAUAUAUGGAAGAUCAUUGGAGGAUGACUUGAGAAAUGACACAUCGGGAAACUUCAAACGGUUAAUGGUAUCGUUAUGUUGUGCCAACAGAGAUGAGUCAUUCGACGUAGAUCCGGCAGCUGCGAUAGAGGAUGCUAAAGAACUUCUUAGAGCCGGUGAACUCCGUUUUGGAACUGAUGAAUCAACGUUCAACGCAAUUCUCGUUCAAAGAAACGUGCCACAAUUGAGACAGAUAUUCCAAGAAUACGAGAAUAUAACCGGGCACGCUAUUGAGAUUGCUAUCGAGAACGAGUUCUCGGGUGAUAUUAAGAAAGGCCUUCUGGCAAUUGUGAAGUGCGUGAUAAAUAGACCCGGUUUCUUCGCUGAACAAUUAUACAAGAGCAUGAAGGGUCUUGGCACAGACGACGAUCGUUUGAUUAGACUGGUUGUUACUCGUUGCGAGGUGGAUAUGGGGGAGAUCAAAGAAGUAUUCAGAGAGCAUUAUAAUGAAUCAUUGGAAGACUUUAUAUCCGGUGAUUGUUCCGGCCACUACAAAAAGUGUCUUUUGGCUCUUGUUUCUUAGAGCUGCAUAAAGAGCAUAUGAUUCAUUGUGCCUCAUCGCAUUUAACGGCCAAUUUUACUAUUUGUAAUAAUGUUUGUAUGUCUAUUUAUUAUAUAUUUAUUCGUCGCUUU